AUGACGACAACGACCACUAGCCCGUUUGUACCGCCGGCCACCCAACCGGGCCUCGUCGUCGACGACGACGACAAUGUCAUCAUCCGCCCCGAUUGCCCCUUCCCCUCCCUACCGCCAGACCAAGUGCUGGUGCGCGUGCACGCCGUUGGCGUCAACCCUAGCGACACAAAGAUGCGCGGGCCGUUCGCCCUCGCCCACGCCAUCCUGGGCGCCGACUUUGCAGGCGAGGUUGUGGCUACCGGGGCGGACGUGAAGGACGUGCAGCUGGGCGACCGCGUGUGCGGGGCGCAGAACGAACUUUUCAAGGCGACCCCGGAGCGCGGAGCCUUUGCGGAGUACAACGUGACUCGCGGCCGCAUGUGGAUGAAGAUUCCUGAUGCGUGGAGCUACGAGGCCGCCGCGAGCCUGCCCGUGGGACUGUGUACUGCCGGGCUGGCGCUGAAGCUGCUGGGCCUGCCACUGCCUGACCAGCCGGUGGACAAGGGCGCGCAUGUGCUGGUGUACGGUGGGAGUACGGCCACUGCAACGAUCGCCAUUCAGCUGUUGAAGUUGUCUGGCAUGAUUCCUAUUGCUGUGUGCUCGCCCAAGAACUUUGCUCUGGCGAUAAGUAACGGUGCCGAGGAGGUUUUCGACCGGAACGAUAAGGAGUGUGCGCAGAAGAUUAAGUCGUAUACCAAAAACAAUCUAAGAUACGCCCUCGACUGUAUCACCAGCGUCGAGUCAACGAUUCUCUGUUACGCGGCCAUCGGGCGCGCCGGCGGCAAAUACGUCUCGCUGGACCCGUGUCAGGAGCACGCGGCCACGCGCAAGGUCGUCAAGCGCGACUUCACCGUCGGGCCAAGGGUGUUUGGCGAAGGAUGCACGUGGCCUGCGCCGUACGGCAGCGAGCCUGAUGAUGAACUCAAGGAGUUCGGCGUGAGGCUCUGGGACGUGGCGAGGAAGCUGGUCGCUGAGGAAAAGCUCAAGAACCAUCCCCUCAGGGUGCUGGACGGGGGCUUCGAGGCGAUUAUGGCGGGUAUGGAGCUUAUCCGGGAUAAGAAGUUAUCGGGGGAGAAGAUCGUCGUGCGCAUGUAA